GUUGGUGUCCAGCGUAAAAUUAUGACGGUAUCAUACCCACCCGCCGCGGCUGUGAUACGCGCCGUAUGAAAAUCGGAAAACGUAUCCCGUUUUCACGCAGAGUAUGCCUUUUCGUGAUAAUGUAGAUGAUAGGGGAAGAUAACGGCGCCGCUCGUAUCAGCCAUUCGGCCACGCACACUUGCGCACAAUUUUUUUUUUUCGACAAUUUUACACUCCGCGUACAACGUUCAAAGUCCAAAUCCAAACGCCGACUCCCAAGUCAAAAUAAUGACGGGUCAUUAGCAGUGUUUUAGCACUGCAACAAUUCAGUCGAUUGCGACCGUCGAUGUGUCGAGUAAAAUACAUUAUUAUUAACAAGUGUGCGACGCAAUCGGGUGGGUGCAAAACAGUACCACUGUUGUAGCCACUUGUCUGUGCUUUUAAAUACGUGUAUUCGUCGCCAUAUUCCCGUGUUCGUAGUGCACAUUGCGAAUGAUCGCCACUCAAUGAUGGACAUCGAUCCAAUUAUAGUGUCCACGAGCUUAGAAGCUCUAAUCGUUUACAUUUGUAUAAAAGAGCUGUGUAAGAAAAAUAGUAUUUUGUCUUAGCAAAGAAACAAACAACUUUAAUGAAAAGAGAAGAAAACAGAUGUAGAAAAAUUUGAAAUAUAUUAUUUAUAUUCCUACCAUGAAGCCUAAUUUAUGUUUGAGUACAAUUUCUGAACAUACAUGAAAUAAAAACCAAAAAAUUAGCUCAACCAGUUUGGUGCAGUUAUAAAAAUAAUCUAAAAAGAGCAACUAAAAAUAGCAAUGAAAAAAUUGACAGUGCUGCAAUGAUUGCAUUUAGUGGAUUUGUACAAAGAGAUCCAGAAUGUGCACCAUUAGCUGCAAAGUGUAUUUUAGCUAAAAUUCAUUCAAUGCAAGAGUGGGAAGCUUUACAAGCUCUCCAUUUAUUAGACAUAUGUAUGCAGACUGGUAGUGCCAGUUUCCAAGCUGAAGUUGGCAAAUUCCGUUUCCUUAAUGAACUUAUACGUUUGGUAUCUCCCAACUGCAAUGAAAUGCAUACACCAGAGUUGAUAAAAAACAAAAUAAUUGAACUUCUUGGCUUAUGGUCAUCGCAAUUCCCCAAAGAAAUUAAGAUACAAGAUGCCUUAGACAUGUUAAAAAAACAAGGUGUAGUCAAGGAUUUUUUAUUUGAAAAUAUGUCAUCAAGAGCAGCUUCUGCUUCUAAAUUGGAUUCUAAUAAAGUGUCAAUUUUGAAUGGAGAAAAAUCAUUAUUGCUGCAAAAGUUGCUUAAAAGUAAAAAAUCAGAAGAUCUCAAAGCUGCAAACGAGUUAAUUAAAUCUAUGGUUGAAGAAGAAGAGCAGAAAGCAGUAAGGAUUAGUAGUAUGUUGGCUGAUAUUGAAGUAACUUCAAAUAAUGUUAAAUUACUAUCAGAAAUGCUCAAAUCCUAUUGUGAUGGUUCUGGUUCGUUAAAUGAUUUAGAACUUAUUAAAGAGUUGUAUAAUACUGUAAAAGAACUGGAACCAAAAGUUCAAACAAUGUUAUCACUAGAAAUUCCAGAAAAUGAGGACACUGUUAGAAAAAUAAUUAAACUUAAUUAUGAAGUAAAUGAAACAUUAAAAACAUACAAUGAAGUUUUAGAUAAUCUCAACUAUAAAAAACCAAUUGAUCAAGAAAAUGAGGAAAAUUUGUUGGACCUUAAUAUGUCAUCUAUUUCACCUGGGAAAGAAGACUUUUUAAGUGAAUCUAAUUGUGAGAGGAAUAAUUUUUCAAAUAAUGGAUCAGCCAAUGUUCAGGAACUAGAUGAUUUUUUGCAAAUGUCGCAUUCUUUAAAAGAAUGUAUUCCUCCGUUGCCUGAAGUCAUAAAUUCUCAAAAACAUGAAAAAAAUAAAGACAGUCUGUUAAAUGUGGACCUAUUUGAAGAAUUAAAUAUUCUUGGAAAAGUUAAUUUAAACAAACCUAAUGAAAAUAAAAUAGUUAAAAAACCAUUUAAUUUGACAGACACAGAAUUCAGUUCAGAUAAUAUAAAAACAAAUGGUCUAUCAGAAGAACCAUUGUUAGACACAAAAGAUUCAAUUUAUUUUGAACCAAACAACUGUGGUUUUCAGAUAAAACCUCUCGGUGAUAUUAGUAUUAAACUUGAAGACAUUAUUCCAUGUCCUGAUUCUACCAUUGUGAGCUUAUUUAAUAAGAAUGCUAUUAGUACAGAACUACAUUUAGCAGCAAAUAAGCCAAGAGAAGACAUAACAGUUUUUGUCGUUACAACUAGAAGCAAAUGUAGAAUGCCAUUAUUUAAUUUUUCAUUCCAGCCGGUUGUUCCGAAAGACUGUAGGUUACGUGUAUUACCACAAUCAAGAACCAAUCUUCCUAUUUAUAAUGCAUUUUUACCACAAGAAACCAUUGUACAAAUCAUACUAGUCGCAACUCUAAAUAAAGGAGUUAUACCAUUAAAAUAUGUGAUAAGUUAUACAAUGGAUGGUGAAAUGUUUACUGAAUUUGGUGAGACUGAGCAGCUCUGCAUAAACUAAAGUUAUGAAUGUUAUGAUCUCACAAAAUUUAUUUCAAAAAAAUACUUAGUACAUAUUAUUUUGAUUUAAUUUCCAUACAAUUUGAUUUACAUUUUAAUCAAACAAUUUAUUUUACAAUUUAUAAUAUUAAGUAAUAUUUAAUGUUAAAAAGUUAUUCUAUUUCAAAUUAUUAUUAUUAUUAUAAUUUAUAAGUAUUAAAUACCUCUUCAAAUAAUAUAUAAUUAAGGAUUAUAUGAUGUUUUAUUUAUAAUUCAUAAACUAAUCAUUAAAAAAGUAUUAAAUGGUUGAAUUUAUCAAUAUUUAUGUUAAAGUGAUAUGACAUAUGCCAUUUAGUACUUAACUUUACCAAUAAAAUCUAGUCAGUUAAUAUACAACAUUAUAAUAGUAUAUGUAAAA